AUGACCAAAUUUGAGGACCACGAGUGCCAUUUGGUGCAUGCAGAGGAAGAAGUCCUGAAGCAUUUCAUCGAUACUGGGUUCUUCAUUUCAGUUCGAAGAAAUUUUCGGUCCUGGUGCAUUAUCAGCAAGUCGCACCCCGAGACUCGGAGGUACUUCAAGUCGAACGCGUCGUGUCGUGAGGAGGAGAUCAGGCACUUGGUCAGCCACUACUAUAUGAUACAUCCUUUCAGUAAGCUGAGUCUGUACUGGGAGUUCUAUGCGUUGUUAUUAUUCUUUACCAUCUAUGUGGUGACCGCUAUAGACGCGUCAGUCGUCUUCCUGAAGAAAGAAAACAAACUCUACUUGACCAAAUUCACAUUCGAUAUGUUGCACAUAAUAGAUAUGAUUAAAAUAUUCUUUACUGGCUACUACGAUGAACAUAGAAGCAAGGUGAUACUGAGAUCUUCCACGGUUGCCAAAGGAAUCAGGGUGGUUUUCAUCUUCUUUGUGGUGGCCCUCUGGUCCUUCUCCAUUAAUUUCUUCAUAACAAAUUGCAUAGAGGUAUUCGUCCACGGAAACGUGAAGAAUCUUUGGCAAACUUCCAUUUUCGACAACUUCUAUGAAGCCACUUCGAUGUUCCUGUGGGUGAGCUUUGGGAAAUACAAGGUGGACGGUGUUUUCGAGUACAUCAACACCAUCCUCUUCUUGUGCUUCGGGUUGAUGUUGCAGAUGUUUAUGUACGCUCAACUUCUGCAAGUGUGGAUCAAAUACCAAAGUUCGGAGAACAAGCAGCACUCCCUGUACCAACAGUUCGAGGAGUACGUCCGAUAUCAGAACCUGCCCGUCAGCUUAAGAGAAAAAUUUUUCUCGUACUUCAACUUUAAAUUUCACAAGGACUUCUUCAAGGAGUCCGACAUUAACAGUAUGAUUUCGCCGUUCAUGAGACAGGAAAUACUGAUGCACAUUACCAGAGCCCACAUAGAAAGGGUGGACUUUUUCAGGUACUUUCCCGAAAAAGUCUUGACGAAGAUCGUUGAUCAGCUCAAAUCUGAGAUUUUCCUACCUGGAGACUUUAUAGUAAGUGCCGGGAGGACUGGCACCAGCAUGUUUUUCGUAUACCACGGAACCGUAGCUGUUUAUACGCCGACAGGAAAGGAGAUCUGCCACCUAGAAGAUGGCGCCCACUUUGGCGAGAUAGCCCUCAUCCUCAGCGAAACCCGAGUUGCCAGUGUUAUUGCAGUCACCCCCAGCGAGUUGUUCGUGUUAAAACGCCCCGAUUUCCUGGCGGCAAUAGAAUAUUAUCCGGAAAUCAAGGACCAACUCGUGUCUUUGGCCACGGAGAGGCUAUAUAACGCGGUUGCGCAAUUGAAGAAUUAG